UAAUCACUCGUGGGAUGGAUGGGGGCUAGGUGGGAGGGGCGGGGGUCGGUAGAUCUUUUUUAAAUGAAUUUCAUGUUUUCUUUUUUAAUUUGGUGGAUUUUGCUGGAUUGCAAAGGGAAGAAGACGAGUGAAAUGCUCUGUUGCAUCAGCUGGGAUGCUUCGUUCAUCUACGCCGCCAUCUGCCAUGACUCGAUCUGGAUAUCCCCAACAGUACUGGUCCUGUGACCCCAUUCUCAGCACCUUUUGACGACCUCAUGACUUCAAGCUGCCUGACGUUGAGCAACCCCGUCAAUUUCCUUUGGUGCAGGAGACUGGAUACCAGGGGUCGCCAACCUGGGACUCCCUAGUCACGUUUCAUGCAUGGAUCCCAGCAGGACUGGGAAGAGAAGCAUGGAGACCAAUAUGUUCCUCUGGUGGAUUUUACCGCUUUUUUCCCAAGGCUUUGUUCGUCAAGUCCAAGGAGAACUUCCUUUUAUGUCAGGGAACAAUGCUGCAAUGCUGGUCAACUGGAAUGCUGUGGACGGAAACAAGAAGUUGUUCGCAAUCUACGACACAAGCAGCGUCAACGAGCCGGGCAACAUGUCUUUCGUGAAGGAGACGGUGGAUAAACUCCUCGAGGGGUACGAUAUUCGACUGAGGCCAGACUUUGGAGGGGCUCCAGUAGCAGUAGGGAUGAGUAUAGACGUGGCCAGCAUAGACAUGGUGUCUGAAGUCAACAUGGACUACACGUUGACGAUGUAUUUCCAGCAGUACUGGAGGGACAAACGUCUAGCCUAUGUUGGAAUCCCGCUCAACCUCACCUUGGAUAACAGAGUAGCAGACCAGCUGUGGGUACCAGACACCUAUUUCCUCAAUGACAAGAAGUCCUUUGUCCACGGAGUCACCGUCAAAAACCGCAUGAUCCGUCUUCAUCCAGAUGGAACCGUUCUUUACGGCCUCAGGAUAACUACAACAGCAGCAUGCAUGAUGGAUCUCAGGAGGUAUCCCCUGGAUGAGCAGAACUGCACUCUGGAGAUAGAGAGCUAUGGCUACACCACAGACGACAUCGAGUUCUACUGGAAAGGAGGAGAGUCAGCCGUCACGGGGGUGACGCGCAUCGAGCUGCCACAGUUUUCCAUUGUCGAUUACAAGUUGGUUUCCAGAAAUGUCGUGUUUUCCACAGGUGCCUACCCUCGGCUUUCGCUGAGCUUUAAGCUUAAGAGGAACAUCGGCUACUUCAUCCUGCAGACAUACAUGCCAUCCAUCCUGAUUACCAUCCUCUCCUGGGUCUCCUUUUGGAUAAACUAUGACGCCUCGGCAGCCAGGGUGGCUCUAGGAAUCACCACUGUGCUGACCAUGACUACUAUCAACACUCACUUGAGAGAGACACUGCCUAAGAUCCCGUACGUGAAGGCCAUUGACAUGUACUUGAUGGGCUGCUUUGUCAUGGUCUUCCUUGCCCUUCUGGAGUACGCCUUCGUCAAUUACAUCUUCUUCGGGAGGGGUCCACAGAUGCAAAAAAAGCUGGCUGAAAAGGCAGAAAAGGCCAACAAUGAGAGGGCAGCCAAGUAUGACGCUGCAAGGGAGGCAGGUAGUAGGGCUGCAUCCCUAAAACGGUCCAAUCAGUUUAGAGGCCUUCGCCACUCACGCUCGGCGGAACCAGGCCAUGGGAACAUUCUGCUGACCACCUUGGAAAUCCACAAUGAAGUGGCAGGAGGGGAGAUCACCACCAGUGUGGCCGACAUCAGAAACUCUCAGUCCAUGGUGCAGUUAGACAGCACAGCCUCGACGCACAUCCAGUACCGCAAGCAGAGCGGCGGGGUCGGCCCGCGUUCGGCCAGCCGUCACUCCUUGGAUCGGUCUGCCCAGAUGAAACGUAGCCGCCUGAGAAGGCGGUCCUCGCAGCUGAAAAUCAAAAUCCCUGACCUGACGGAUGUAAACGCCAUUGACCGUUGGUCACGGAUCAUCUUCCCCUCAGUUUUCUCCCUUUUUAACCUUGUCUACUGGCUCUACUAUGUCUGAUUGAACUGAUUUGUUUUUUGUCAUUUAACCUAUUUCCAUUUGGUUUGUUUUUUCCUCCUUUUUCUGUGCUUUUAUACAUACAUUGACUGUCAAGAUCAGAUGAAAGACUGAGAAUAUUCUGGACCAAGUAUUCAUCAAAUAACUUUUUAUAUUUACAUCUUUGAAUCUGUUUUAUUUUCUAUAGUACAUCCUCUAAGUUGUACUUGUGACCGUAAUAUUCCAUCAGACACAGAAAUGAAAGCCAGCAAUUAACUUAAUACAGUAUUUGCAAAAAAACAAACAAAUCACAACAAAACAAAUCACAAAAACAGUCCUUAAAGGACAACUUUAUACAGUACCACACAGGUGAUCAGAUAAGUGCAAGCAAUUCCUAAAAAAAAAAAUCAGUUAAACGGUAUGUUUGAUUGGUACCCUAUGCACUGUUAAUGCAUGUAAUGAUCUGCCAAUGUGGUCAUCUUUUACCGACACUUUCUACUUCAGGAUGGUGACUCUCAGGCUCUUAGUAAGAUUUUUACUAUUAUCGGCAUAAUUUUGGUCAAAGAGAGGAACAACAAAAACAAAAAAAAGCACAAGACUGAAUAGCACUGCCGUUGUGUUUCCGCUUGACCUUUUAAUUAAAGCUUCAAAAUAAACAUUGGAGCAAAUUGUCCCCAAAUUCCGUUUCAAAACUGCCAAGGGGCUCAUCCAGAUUUACACAAUAUCCAACCAUUCAGAAGCCUUUUCAAGUAACCCCAUACAUUUUUUGUGUUUGUUACCAACUACAGUGUGCUAUUUUUUAGUUGGGUAGGAUAUCCUUCAAAAUGCUCACCCAUCAUAUCCUAUUUUCAGGUGUCCAUAUGGUUUCCCGCCUUGUCUUGUUGCAAAUGGUGGUACAGUACACUGGAGGAAUGAAAUAUAUGUAUAUUUAAAAAUGUAUAUAUUAUAUAUAACGUGCACAACCCUAAAUUAAAAAAAAAACAUCAAGUGUUGAACAUUGCGUUUGUGCUUGUUAUGCUGGCCAUGAAAUGUCAGUCAAUUUAGUGCAAAAAAAAAAAAAGAUUCAAAUACCCAUUUACUUUCUUCUCCAAAAUGUGAUCAUGCUAAAGUUCCACUUGAUGCCAAUGGGUUUUUUAUCCGACUCCACAGGCGGACCAUGCAGGCCAUUUACUGAUGACUGACAAGCACAUGCUCGCGUUGAAUGUAUCCGAUUCAUUGUUCUUCAGGUAGAGGAUAAUGAGCCAUGGUCAUAGUUUCUUUACAUCUGAAUGUAACACCUCAUUACGAUGCACGUGAGCAGGUGGGGGUAAGAGGGGUUAGGAGUGUGUACACGUGCAGAGGGAACAGGUUGCGUACAGGUUUUGCUAUGUGUUGACUGUUGCAUGUGGAACUGAGUUGUGGCUUCGAAAAUAAUCAACCACUUCCAGCUCAUGAAUGAUACAUCUGAAAUGUUUUCCAUGAUCACCAGAUCCCCACUUUCCUACUCACAUACACACAUAGCUUUGUGCAUGAACAUGUAUUAAGUAUGACUAAUAAAUACUUAAGAGUAAAACUUUAAACUUGUGACAGUCUUCAAAUAACUGAAUGUAUUGUACUUGGAUUGUUGCUGUCGGGCUGCAAUUUCCUUUGACAACAAAUGUGGUUGGGGACAGGUGGGGUGCCACAAUGUAGGUUUUUUCGUCUUAAGUACCAUAACCUUGCCCUGUUUUCUACUGUGUAGAUGAGGCUUCACACAAGUGUGGGCUGGUUGCAAGGACUCCUCCAUUUGAUGAAAAAAAUAAGACUAUUUGUACUUCUAUUAAAGAAACUAAUAGACACUGAAUGAAGCCUCAGACUCUUGGGCCAUACAUUUGAUUUUUGAUCAGAAAAUUUACAACUAUGAAGUCGUGUGUACUGUGCAUGCAUUAACACAAUUGGAGAGACUUUUAGAGAGGGACAGUAAAAAUGUUUUUAUCAAACUCAUGAGUGCUGCCAAAUGCUUGAUCAAGAGAUAACACUAUGCCAUGCGAGCUGAUGUUGAAAGAAGACAAAAAAAAAACAAUCAGGUGUUGUAUGGCCUUGGUCCCAUAAUGGAAUGUGAAAUGUUCUGUGCUGCCACAAAUGUAUUUAGGCUUAGAUUUAUAUUGUAUAUCUGUAUGUUUAUCUUCCUUUUUCAAUUGAUGAUUAUGUUCAAUCAUCAAAUAAAUGAUAUACAUUGU